GUUGCCUUCUUCUUUUUUACCGGCAGUGGCGAGACUUAGCCAAAGAGACGACAGGCAAGGAGGGAGAGAGAGAGAGAGAGAGAGAGGAGUAAAAAUUGAAGAAAAUCACAUAAACUAUACAUUUGGAAUUUUCCGUGUCUUUAAACAAAACAGAACAGGAGAAGGUGUUCUUCAGUGAGAGGUAGAGCUGCUUUGUUAGCCUGUCUGUCUCGGUCCAAUCAGAGUUCCCAGACCACCUCUCCACCAGGUCUAUCAGACCGCUGGGAAUGACUGCGCAUUCACAACCUCACCAGGAGUGGGCGCUGGAGGACGACGCCCACAUCAACCACACAGCCAGGAGCAUCUUCCUACCUUUAGCGAGGAGAGCCUUUCUUCCUACCUUUUAGCUAGGAUAGUCUACUUUGUUUGUGUGAGCCUGUGAGUCCAGUCCUGGGUUGAGAUACAGCUUUGUUGCUGGUGAUUGGAGAAGAGAGGGUGAGAUUCCCAAAUCCAGACCACCAGGAGCGGAGAGGCCGUGAAGACGGCUGCCCGAUCCGGAUCAGUUCACCAGAUCUUUACUCUCACUAUUGCUGGCUUAAUUAGUAGUUAUCAGCUCAACCGUUGAGGUCCAUAGGCUAAAUGUAAAUGAUAUGCAGACACACUUUCAGGACUUCCCCCUGCUCAGUGUGAGGUGCUCUGUUCCCCUCCACGCCCCCCUGCCGGUCUGGUGGAUGUUUUGGCGGCUCUGAGGACUGCAUGGCAGUGGAGUGAUCGUGGAGAGGCCAGGGUACCACAAACUUAUGGACUUUGACAAGAGAGGAGGAGGAAAGGGGGAGGCAGAGGAAGGGAAGAGGAUGUCAAAGUCUGGAGGGAGCCGGUCGGGGCAUAGCAGUCGCAGCUCGGGGAGCAACUCUGGGGUGCUCAUGGUGGGCCCUAACUUCCGGGUUGGGAAGAAGAUCGGCUGUGGGAACUUUGGAGAGCUUCGCCUUGGGAAGAACCUGUACACUAAUGAAUAUGUGGCCAUCAAACUGGAGCCCAUCAAGUCCCGGGCCCCACAGCUCCACCUUGAGUACAGGUUCUAUAAACAGCUGGGGAGUUCAGAGGGCGUCCCCCAGGUAUUCUACUUCGGGCCCUGUGGGAAGUAUAAUGCCAUGGUUCUGGAGCUGCUGGGACCCAGUCUGGAAGACCUGUUUGAUUUGUGUGACAGAACCUUCUCCCUCAAGACCGUCCUCAUGAUCGCCAUUCAGCUGAUCACGCGGAUGGAGUUCGUCCACACCAGGAGUCUGAUCUACCGGGACGUGAAGCCAGAGAACUUCCUGGUUGGCCGGCCCGGCAGCAAGCGGCAGCACACAAUCCACAUCAUCGACUUCGGCCUGGCCAAAGAGUACAUCGACCCUGAGACCAAGAAACACAUCCCUUACAGGGAGCACAAGAGCCUGACGGGCACCGCACGUUACAUGAGCGUCAAUACUCACCUGGGCAAAGAACAAAGCAGGAGAGAUGACCUGGAAGCUCUAGGUCACAUGUUCAUGUACUUCCUGCGAGGCAGUCUGCCCUGGCAAGGCCUGAAGGCAGACACUCUGAAGGAGCGCUAUCAGAAGAUAGGUGACACCAAGAGAACCACGCCCAUCGAGGUGCUGUGUGAGAGCUUCCCAGAGAUGGCCACCUACCUGCGUUAUGUGGGUUCUCUGGACUUCUUGGAGAAGCCGGACUACGACUACUUAAGGAAACUCUUCACCGACCUCUUCGAUAGCAACGGCUACGUCUUUGAUUACGAGUACGACUGGGUCGGCAAGCCACUGCCUACUCCCAUUGGUCCAGUCCCCAGUGAGACCCUCCUACAGUCCAGCAGUAGAGACAAGGCAACACAGCAGACCAAAAACCAGUCGCCAGAACCCAAAGGAAGUGAGUCCCAGCCCACUCCAGUGACCAAUAGGGAGCCGCUGGGGUCUCGUCUAACAGCUGAUAGGCUGGGGGGCUCCGUCCAGGUGAUGAGUUCGACCAAUGGGGAGCUGAAUACAGACGAUCCGACUGCGGGCCACUCCAACGCCCCCAUCACCGCCCCGGCCGAGGUGGAGGUGGCCGACGACACAAAAACAGCCUCAAUUCAUCGGGACGUGGACUCUACAAGGUGCUGCUGUUUCUUUAAGAGGAGGACGAGGCAAGGCCUCCAGAGACACUAGUGAAGAGGAGAGGCCUCCAGAGACACUAGUGAAGGGGAGAGGCCUCCGGCGACACUAGUGAAGAGG